UGAAAGAGCUCAUUACUUCAACGUGUAGAGAUGUGAUUGUCUACAGGACUCUUUACUGUGUUAGUUGGUCAUCACUGGGGAGAUUUAGCUAGCUACACAUACGGGGAUUGCUAAACCUGAAUCAUGUACAUCGUCAUUACAUCUAACUGGGAGUGGAGCAGAAAUUGUGCAAGAUAUGGAUAGGAGUUAUCUUUGGUUCUAGAGAUUGCGCGGUUGUUGCUCUGAGUCAAGUUUCCAGCAAGUCCCAUAUUCCAUAAUGCUUCACGAGGACUCGACUCAUUGGAACCAUGUGCACAUUUCCUCACGUGUGUUUCAUGUUGAAGCGGUGAGGCUGGAAUAAAACGGGAAAAUUAGCAAACAACAAGCAUUGGUGCAGAUAUUUUUUUGUCGUGGACUUUCUGUGAUUUCUUAAGUCGAGGAGGAAGGUGUGCACGAUAGUUGUGACCCAGCUAAAAUAAGUCAAGAAACAUGGGGAACGCAGGGAGUAUGGACCAACAAACUGAUUUCAGGGGACACAACAUGCCUUUGAAACUGCCUAUGCCGGAGCCAGGUGAAUUGGAGGAGAGAUUCGCAAUCGUUUUGAACUCGAUGAACCUUCCUCCAGACAAGGCGCGGCUACUGCGGCAGUACGACAACGAGAAGAAGUGGGAGCUCAUCUGUGAUCAGGAACGAUUCCAAGUGAAGAACCCACCUCACACAUACAUCCAGAAGCUGAGGGGCUAUCUGGACCCGGCCGUCACCAGGAAGAAAUUCCGACGGAGAGUGCAGGAAUCCACCCAAGUCCUGAGAGAACUGGAAAUUUCGUUAAGGACAAAUCACAUAGGGUGGGUGAGAGAAUUCCUCAACGAAGAAAACAAAGGCCUGGAUGUUUUGGUGGAGUAUCUUUCUUUUGCGCAGUACGCUGUCACGUUUGAUGGCGACAGCGUAGAGGACAACCCGGAGAAGUCGGUGGACAAGCCCUGGAGCAGAUCCAUAGAGGACCUGCAUGGGGGGAGUAACUUCCCGUCCCCCGUCAGCGGGAACAGCAUCUCCCGCUCCGGGCGACACUCCACGCUACGUUGCAACACGUUGCCGAGCCGGAGAACCUUGAAGAACUCCCGGCUGGUCUGUAAGAAGGAUGACGUUCACGUAUGCAUCAUGUGCCUGCGAGCCAUCAUGAACUACCAGUACGGCUUCAACAUGGUGAUGUCCCACCCGCAUGCUGUGAAUGAAAUUGCACUAAGUCUCAACAAUAAGAAUCCCAGAACCAAAGCUCUCGUGUUGGAGUUACUGGCCGCCGUGUGUCUCGUCAGGGGAGGACACGAAAUCAUCCUCUCUGCGUUCGACAACUUCAAGGAGGUGUGUGCCGAGACACAGAGAUUCGAGAAGCUAAUGGAACACUUCAAGGACAUGGACAACAACAUUGACUUUAUGGUGGCAUGUAUGCAGUUCAUCAACAUCGUGGUCCACUCGGUAGAGGACAUGAACUUCAGGGUUCACCUGCAGUACAACUUCACCAAGCUCUGUCUGGACGACUACCUGGAUAAGCUGAAGCACACGGAGAGUGACAAGCUGCAGGUGCAGAUCCAAGCCUACCUGGACAACGUGUUUGACGUGGGCGCCCUGCUGGAGGACGCCGAGACCAAGAAUGCGGCGCUGGAGCGGGUGGAGGAGCUGGAGGAGAACAUGUCACAUAUGACGGAGAAGCUGCAGGACACGGAGAACGAGGCCAUGUCCAAGAUCGUGGAGCUGGAGAAACAGCUGAUGACGCGCAACAAGGAGCUGGACGUCGUCCGGGAGGUGUACAAGGACGCCAACUCACAGGUGCACACACUGCGGCGGAUGGUCAAGGAGAAGGACGAGGCCAUCCAGAGGCAGUGCAACCUGGAGAAGAAGAUCCACGAGCUGGAGAAACAGGGCACCAUGAAGAUCCAGAAGAAGGGCGACGGGGACAUCUCCAUCCUAACCUCGCCGCCCGCCCCCGGGGGCCCACUGGUGGCAGGAUUUGAGGGUGUACCAGGGGGCUAUAAAGGGGGUGCGGUCAGCCCGAUGGGGUCGAAUGGGAUGCCCGCGCCGCCCCCUCCUCCUCCCCCACCGCCUGUGCCUGGGACUGUGCCAAAUGGGCCAUUGGCUGGCCUCGCCGCUCCUCCCCCUCCCCCGCCACCCCCGCCUCCCCCUGGCCCUAUGGCGGUGUCUGCCCCCCCGCCCCCUCCUCCACCCCCCAUGGCCCCACCGCUGCCCGGCUGUGGAUCCCCCACUGUCAUCUUCAACUCAGGGUUAGCAGAGGGACCCAUCAAACUGUUCUCCGUGAAGAUUAAGAAGCCCAUCAAGACCAAGUUCCGUUUGCCGGUAUUCAACUGGGUGGCGCUGAAGCCCAACCAAAUCAACGGCACCGUGUUCAACGAGAUCGACGACGAGAGGAUACUGGAGGACCUGAACGUGGAUGAGUUUGAGGAGAUGUUCAAGACGAAAGCCCAGGGCCCGGCCAUCGACUUGGCCGUGAGCAAGACCAAGAUCAUCCAGAAGGGUCCCAACAAGGUGGCGCUGCUGGACGCCAACCGGGCCAAGAACAUGGCCAUCACCCUGAGGAAAGUGGGCAAGGCCCCCGAGGAGAUCUGCAAGGCCAUUCAGCUGUUUGACCUGCGCACCCUGUCGGUGGACUACGUGGAGUGUCUGAUGCGCUUCCUGCCCACGGAGAACGAGGUGAAGAUCAUGCGUCAGUACGAGAAGGAGCGGAAGCCCGUGGAGGCUCUGACGGACGAGGACCGCUUCAUGAUGCACUUCAGCAAGAUCGAGCGGCUCAUGCAGAAGAUGACCAUCAUGGCCUUCAUAGGCAACUUCUGCGAGAGCGUUCAGAUGCUGACACCGCAACUUCAUGCGAUCAUCGCAGCAUCUGUGUCAAUAAAAUCCUCACAGAAACUCAAGAAAAUUCUAGAGAUUAUCUUGGCUCUCGGAAACUACAUGAACAGCAGUAAAAGGGGAGCGGUAUACGGUUUUAAACUACAAAGUUUAGAUUUGCUACUAGACACCAAGUCGACAGACCGGAAAAUGACACUGUUGCACUACAUAGCCAACGUGGUGAAGGAGAAAUACCAGCAAGUCAAUCUGUUCUACAACGAACUGCAUUAUGUGGAGAAGGCCGCAGCAGUGUCGUUAGAGAACGUUCUGCUGGAUGUGAAGGAGCUCCAGCGGGGAAUGGACCUGACUAAGAGAGAGUACAGCAUGCACGGUCACAACACCAUGCUCAAAGACUUCAUCACACACAACGAGGGCAAGCUGAAAAAGCUGCAGGACGACGCCAAGAUCGCACAGGACGCCUUCGACGAGGCGGUCAAAUUCUUCGGCGAGAAUUCCAAAACGACGCCCCCGUCUGUGUUCUUCCCGGUGUUUGUGCGCUUCGUCAAGGCCUACAGGCAAGCGGAAGAGGACAACGAGCAGAAGAAGAGAGCGGAGCAGAUGAUGAUGGAGAAACUUCUGGAGCAGGAGGCCAUGAUGGACCAGGAGGACAAGAAGUCUCCGUCCCAUAAGAACACCAGGGGCAGGAGUCAGCAGCAGGAGGUGAUAGCUGAGCUGAGGAAGAAGCAGGUGAAGGAUACGGGCAGCCGCCACGUCUACGAGGGCAAGGACGGAGCCAUCGAGGACAUCAUCACCGAUCUUCGCAAUCAGCCUUACAGGCGAGCCGACGCGGUGAGGAGGAGCGUCAGGAGACGCUUUGACGACCAGAACUUGCGGCCGGUCAACAACUCUGAAGUCGUAAUUUGACGAGGGAGAAGUGCAUGUGUUAGGGGCGGAGGGUGAGGAGGGGGAGUGAUGUGGAAAGUGUAGCAGCCUCUCUUAAAGACUGAAGGAGAGAUGGAUGGGUCUGACAGGUCAGUUAUAGGGAACCUUAGACAAGCCAAGUGCCUAAAACUUACUUGUGAUCAGUUGUUUUGCCUCCUGUUUGUCUGUCUUGUGAUUUUUUUUUUAUUACUUCAAGCAAUACCUGGCUUUAAUUGUAUUUUCCUUUGAUAUGUAAAACUGGACACGGACGUCUGUAGCGGGGAUUCCUGAAAGAAGUGUAGAAUGUAACGGGUCACGGUUCCCUUAGCUGUCAAAAGGUAUUCCGCCACAGGGGAUGAAUAUGGUAUUUCAUAGCUAGUAUCUUAUUACAUUCCUGGUGCUACUGCCAUCACUCUUAGAAAUUACACAAUGUGCUCGAGUGGCACGCUAAAGAACGCAUUAGCUUUUCCAAUGUUACUAAAGGGCUAAUGUACUUUUUAAAGGGAACAUACUUUUGUAUAUAUAGUGUAUGUGGACACCCCUUCAAAUGAGUGGAUUCGGCUGUUUCAGCCACACCCGUUACUGACAGGUAUAUAAAGCACACAGCCAUGCAAUCUCCAUAGACCAACAUUGGCAGUAGAAUGGCCUUACUGAAGAGCUCAGUGACUUUUAACGUGGCACCGUCAUAGGAUGCCCCUUUUCCGUCGAGUCAGUUCGUCAAAUGUAUGCCCUGCUAGAGCUGGCCUGGUCGACUGUAGGUGCUGUUACUGUGAAGUGGAAACGUCUAGGAUGAACAACAGCUUAGCCGCGAAGUGGUAGACCACACAAGCUCGAAGAACGGAACUGCCGAGUCCUGAAGGCAUAAGUCAUUGUAAAUAAGAAUUUCUUCUUAACCGACUUAAAUAAAGGUUAAAUAAAAAUUGUCUGUCCUCGGUUGCAACACUCACUAGAGUUCCAAACUGCCUCUGGAAGCAACGUCAGCACAAUAACUGUUUGUUGGGAGCUUCAUGAAAUGGGUUUCCAUGGCCGAGCAGCUGCACACAACCCUAAGAUCACCAUGCGCAAUGCCAAGUGUCGGCUGGACUGGUGUAAAGCUCGCCGUCAUUGGACUCUGGAGCAGUUGAAACGCGUUCUCUGGAGUGAUGAAUCAAGCUUCACCAUCUGGCAGUCCGACGGACAAAUCUGGGUUUGGCGGAUCCCAGGAGAAUGCUACCUGCUCCAAAGCAUAGUGCCAACUGUAAAGUUUGGUGGAGGAAUAAUGUUCUGGGGCUGUUUUUCAUGAUUUGGGCUAGGCCCCUUAGUUCCAGUGAAGGGAAAUCUUAUCGCUACAGCAUACAAUGACAUUCUAGAUUAUUCUGUGCUUCCAACUGUGGCAACAAUUUGGGGAAGGCCAUUUCCUGUUUCAGCAUAACAAUGCCCCCAUGCACAAAGGGAGGUCCAUACAGAAAUGGUUUGUCGAGAUCGGUGUGGAAAAACUUGACUAGCCUGCACAGAGCCCUGAACUCAAUCCCAUCGAACACCUUUGGGAAGAAUUGGAACGACGACUGCGAGCCAAUCACCCAACAUCAGUGUCCGACCUCACUAAUACUCUUGUGACUGAAUGGAAGCAAGUCCCCCCAGCAAUGUUCCAGCAUCUAGUGGAAAGCCUUCCCAGAAGAGUGGAGGCUGUUAUAUUAGCAAAAGGGGGACCAUCUCCAUAUUAAUGCACAUGAUUUUGGAAUGAGAUGUUUGACGAGCAUGUGUCCACAUACUUUUGGUCAUGUAGUGUACAUGUCUUACUUUAGUAUAUUAUAAAGCAGUGAUCCAAAACAAAUAUGUUCAAAGAAAGUACUUAAGCGAGUAUGAGGUAAACAUAUGUACACCAACGUAUGACCACAGAGAAAUCAUAUCAAAGACAAUAUAGCUCAGAGAGGUGUGGCUCUCUCAAGACGAGACCAGGCUAAUGUGAAUUGUAUAUAGCUAGGCCUCCAUAGUACGGUUAUGACGGUAUUAACAUCUCAUUUAUCAGUGUUAACAUGGUUAGUGGACCAAGCCGUGAAUAGAUAGAACUAUAUUAUCUCCUCAUGUAGACCUCAAGUGCCAUUCACAUGCAACACUGUUAGUGGUUGGUGGGGCCCUGGAGCCACAAUAGCUCUGGUCUAGGUCGUUGUUUGGUCGUACGAUUGUGCGAGCACAGCCGAACUAGUCCAGAGCGAGAGACACAAUUGACUGAGAGCGAAUAGGAAAGGUGCUGAAACAAAAACUUCUCAGCAGAUAUACUUCCAGUGAAGUGUAGUGGCUGCAAGUAAGGCACUUUAGGCUACUUGAGCUUGUCAUGAAAACUGGAUUCCAAGAUUUUUUUACUCAGCUAAUGAAUCUCUAGGAAACUGUCUACUCACUAUUAUAAGUUUAAUGUAUAGUAUUUAACCACUGAAAACUGUUUCCAUUCAGUAUCGCCCAUGUGACCCACUGACAAUGAGCGGCAGUUGUUUUUGAUAGUGUUUAGGUAUGUUAAAAACAUGUCAGAACAGACAACAAAAAGUUUUCGAAAUGUACAGAUAUUUUGAUAAAUUUAUGCAUUGUUUUAUACUUCUUAAUCUACUCAUUACCAUAUAAGGUUAAUAUUGUACAUAUUGUUUAAAACAAAGUUUGCAACACCAUGUCAUAUAGAAUUUGUUAUUUUAACGUAUCUUUUGGUCCAUUUUGUAUAUUGAAUUUAAGACGAAAACACAAAUCUGGCUUCUCUUUAACAUAAAAUAAUCUAGUGUGUGAAACAGGAUGCCCUGGUGUCACACUUGCCCGACAGUAAAGAGUUAUUAGAUCAGUGUCUGCGUCACUAAUGGCACCCUAUUCAGUGCACUUCUUUUGGCCAGAGCACAAUAGGAACUGGACAAAAGUAGCGCUCUAUAGGUAACCCAUUGACGUUCAGAGAAGCUUCCUGUGGUCUUGGGACUGUAAAUGUCCACAUUAUAGCAUGUGCAACAAACCACUCAUCUCUAGAUUUCCUGUGAACUUAACCACUCAUCAGCUUCAUAAUACUGGCAUGUUAUUAAUUUCAUGUUUUUUUAAGGCAAUACGUGCUUAUUACAAAAUACUUUUGUUAGAUUGAGUUCUCAAUGGAUAUGAUCAAAUAAACUGUUUACAUUGUGUGCAUCUUUA